AUGCAUACCAAAGAGAGCAGCCAACCGACGAACGCAACGUGGCGACCAUCGCCACGCUUUUUGCCAGUUUCAUUCAACAACGAUGAGCCACUGUACCAACCGUCGGAGGCCCAUCAAAACUUCUAUCAACUGAGGCAAGCACAUCUGGACCGGGGAAGCCUUUUCGAGGACCCGGACUUUGGCGCGUCCGAUGCGUCGAUCGGCAUUCCGUCGGUCAAGAACGUUCACUGGCGGCGCCCACCGGAGAUUAGCAAGCAGGCGCUCUUCUUCGUCGACGGAGCGUCCCGGUUCGACAUCUGCCAGGGUUCGCUAAACGACUGCUGGCUGCUAACGGCGGCCGCCAACCUAACCACUCACCGGUGGUUGUUCCGGCGGGCCAUACCGGAGGACAAUAGUUUCACCGGAGCGACGUACGCCGGCAUAUUCCACUUUCGGUUCUGGGAGUUUGGUCAGUGGGUCGAGGUGGUGAUCGACGAUCGGCUGCCGACGGAUGACGAUGGACAGCUCAUUUUUGGGCGUUCCAACAAACGGAACGAGUUCUGGAGCGCACUGUUGGAGAAGGCGUACGCAAAGUUCUACGGUUCGUACGCGGCGCUCGAUGGUGGGACGUCCCGGGAAGCGAUGCAAGAUCUGACCGGAGGGUUGACGGAGUUUUACCAACCGAAAAAGAUGCCCGACAAGGAGGACCAGCUGUGGGACAUUCUGUGCAGUGGGUUCGAGGCGGGAUCCAUGUUUGCGUGCAAUCUGAAGAGCGACCCCACGGGGGAGAACGUCGCGACGAAAGAUGGUCUGCUGCGAGGACAUUCCUAUUCCAUCACCAAGCUACACGAGCUGAUUGGUCUGUACAGUGAUAGCGACCGCGUGCGGUUACUUCGCAUACGCAACCCGUGGGGCUCGGGCGUCGAGUGGAACGGUCGCUGGAGUGACAAAUCGCGCGAGUGGAAGACGAUCAACGGCGCGGAACGGAAGCACCUCGCGCUUACGAUCGAGAAUGAUGGCGAGUUUUGGAUGGAUCUGGGGGAUUUUAUGAAACACUUUGACCGAAUGGAAGUGUGUCAUUUGUCACCGGAAAUGCAUAGCGCUAACGGUGACGGAGACGGCGAAACUGGUCCCGACCCGCAGACGGAGAGUGAGUUCCAGUGGGAACUGCAUUCGCUCGAUGGUCAAUGGAUUCGUGAAACGACGGCCGGUGGCAGUGCGUCCAAUCUGGACAUGUUCGUCAUGAACCCGCAGUACACAAUCCACAUCCGGGAAUCGUCCCGUAGAUCAUCCGUGGUGAUCGCGCUAAUGCAAAAGUACCGCCGAGCCGACUCACUAAGCAGCCUCACGAUCGGAUUCAUCGUUUAUCGUGUCACCAGGGAAGACCUUCGGUUGAAACCGAUACCAAAAGAGUUCUUUCAACAGCACGAUCACGCCAUCGUCGGUAGCUCGAUCUUUAUUAACGCCCGCGAAGUCAGCUGCCGGCUUUCGCUGGAACCGGGCCACUACCUGGUCAUCCCCUCGACGUUCGAUCCCGGCGAGGAGGGCGACUAUUUGCUCCGAAUCUUCACCGAACGCUGCAACACACUGAGUGAGAACGAUGCGAUCCUCUGUUUCGGUACGAUUGACGAUCGCAUCACCGAACAGAGCCCACUGUUUGACACACCUCGCUGGGCCGUGCUGGCCGAUCAGUUCUACAGUUACGCCGACAAGGGCGAGCAAAUUGACCAACGGGCACUGCAGGACAUCCUCCGGAAGCAAUUCUUUUGCCGCCCGAGUCGGCGAACGAACGACAGCAAACCCCAAAUGAGCUACUCACCAUGGCGAAAGAUGUGGUCCUGUUUGCUCCAACUGUGCUCCUGCUUUUGGGUACGGCCAACCCCUUCCAGAACCAACGCGCCGGUGGAACACCGGGAUAGCAACAACCAUGAGCGGGCUGAGCUGUUGGAGCGCAUUGCAGAGUUGCUUAUGAAACGCACGGUCGGUGGUGCUGGGUCGACGCUGGGUUUUGAGCACUUCCGUACGAUCGCGCGUGAUGUGUAUCACUGGGAGAUGGCCUUCCGGUUGUACGAUGUCGAUGGUAGCGGAACACUGGACCGACGGGAGCUGCGUCAGGCACUGCGAUCGUCCGGCUUUAACGUCAACAAUCGGAUCCUCUGUAAGCUGCUGCGAAUGGUCGUGGAGCUGAAUCGUACGCACAUCGAGCUGAUUGACUUUGCACUGUGUGCUGCCGAAUGCCGCAACACGAUAGAUUUACUCCAUCGCGAAGAAGCUUAA